AUGUAUGGAUAUAUCUAUCAUCGUGUCAAGAAGCAAUACAAAGAAAUCCAGAUUGCAACGAAUGAUUUAUAUGGAAUUAAAAGGAGCAAGAAAACAAUUUUGUCGAGGAUCUAUAAGGCUCUGGGUUUUAUUUUGUUUACAAACGUUACUUUGUCGGAUGAUUCUCAUAAUGAGGAGGAAUUGACUAUGGAAGAAACAACCAGCACUCGAUUAUCAGGACCACAAUCUUAUACCAAACAAGAAGUUAAUGUCUUUAAAAAAGCAACUGGGAUUCGACUUAAUGAUGAAUCAAAUCACGAACUCAAAAAGCGUCGAGAACAGGUUGAAUGGCAAAUGAAAGCUAUAUUCAUUUAUCCAGUGGCAUAUGUAUUAAUUUGGAUGUGGCCAAUGAUCGCCCAUGGUAUUGAUUAUAGACAUGGGCUUACAAAACCCCCGAUUGUCUGGCUAAAUGUGCUUGGUGCUAUUUUGCAGUCAUCUAAUUGUGCUGUGGAUGCUGCUAUAUUUCUAUGGAGGGAAAAGCCUUGGAAUAUUACAACCCAAAAGCUAGGAAAUACAAUGACAGAAGAAAUUGUAUAUCUGAAAUGGAGAAAGAGAGUCGCAUGUCUUCCUUUGUUUAGCCUUCCUGAUACAACCGAGAGUGGAGCACGAAAUUUAAAUAAUGGCUCGAUUCUGAAAACUAAUUUUACUGUUUGCUCAAGAGAAAGAGAUGACAAUCUUAAUGAGUAUCCUUAUUCUUUACCAGGAUUGCAAGCUUCCAAAGAUUUUUCUCAUGAUUCAAAUACCGAUUUUAUAAAGUCAACUAAGAGAAUGCUUUCUUGUUAUAAAUAUAAAUUAUUUUCGAGCGGAUCUGGGACAAAUGAUAAAGAAGCAAAGGAAAUAGACGUUUCAAAUGAGGAUAAGUUUAAUAAAAAGCGUUUGAAAGAAAAGUACUCGCUGAUCCAACCUGAGAUUCAAGAUUUUUGUAUAUCUAGGAGGCAUUCAAGUACGGAAUCAGGCAUUGAUAAUGAUAAUAUAAAUCACGAUAGUUUAAUCAAUCCAGGAAGGAGUAGUGAUAACUACGAUCUAAAGCAUACUAGAAGAAGUUUUCAUGAUAAGAGUAGGGAUAUGGGUUUCUUUGAAUUUUUACAGCAGUGA